AGUGACAAUCUGACAUUGAUCAAUAAUAAUUAUUGAUCUCGAUUCUCGACAUCAUAGAUAAGAGUGUAUACUGUAUAUACGGAAACUCGACAUCUCGACAACGUUCAUUUGGAAGUGAGGGAAAAUUGUGCUUUUUGAAUUUCACGAAAUUUGAAAUAAAAAUAAUAUCAUAACAUUUUUUUAUAAAUUAUAUUUAAUAUUAGGAUAAUGGAAGAUGUUCUUAAAGAACCUGUACAACUCUCAAAAGGGAUUAAUUUGAAGGAGCUUCUAACAUCACAAACUGAGUUCCAUAUAGAUACAGAUUUCAAGAAGAAGAAACCUGACUCAAUAUUAAAUUGGGAUAAUGAUUUAAUGUUAGAUUCUGAUGAGGAUGAUGAAAGUGACUCUGAAGAUGUCUUGAAAAAUAUAGAAACCUCCACGGAACAGAUGAUGCUUUCGUCUCCCGAAUACCAUUCGUUCAGUGAGCUUGCUGCUAAAAUGAUUGACUGUGUAUCCACUGGUGAAGUGAAAAUGCUUAUAAUUGAAGAAGAAUGUCCGUUUAGGCACGCGCAAGAUUUUAUUAGGCCUGGAAGUAGGUCUGACUGCGGUGAAGGGGCCCAAAGCCAGGUUCCAUUUACUGCUGCAGCCGACCGCUACGUGGGGGGAGAGGGGUGCUCCGCCCCGCGUGAGACCAGAGCCCGCUUUGUUUGUUAUCGUGUUGUAUGAUGUUAAAGACGUACAAGCAGCGGCAAGAUUCAACGAUCUACCUAUGGAGGAACAGAAGAAAUUUGAAGUUACAAUGAAUACAGUAAACUCCCUGAACUCUCAAGCUAAGGACUUAUUCAAUAAGAAAAAAUACACCAAAGCUAUCAAAAACUAUCAACAGUCGAUGUCCGUGUUGAGAAUAUCUCAACCGCAGAAUGAAACCGAAGAAAGCAAAGUGAAGAAACUGAAAAUAGCCGUAUUUGUCAAUUUAGCGGUGUGCUACUACAAAAUAAACAAACCUAGAUAUGUAAUAAACAUGUGCGAGAAUCUAGACCAUUUAAUCGACAUAGAAACGCACUGUAAGGCGUUAUUUUACUAUGGCAGGGCUUACGAAAUGCUUGGUAAAAGAGAAGAGGCGUUAAAAUACUACAAUAAAGCACUGAAACUCGAACCGAAAAAUAAGGAAAUCGGCAAAGCGCUGGUUGAUUUCGAGCGCUACAUCCAGGAAUCUGCGAAAAAGGAAAAAGAAAUGUGGCAGACUGCUUUCAAAUCAACACCGCAGAAAAAAAAGAUUGUCUACGACGUUGAUGUCAAUUUUCAAAAUGAUGUCAGAGACAUGUGUCAAAAUUUGGCGGGAAGCGACGAGUACGCGAAAUUCGAAUUGCCGACGGGCUUGACUAAGAACGAAGUUGACUGCAUUAAGGCAUUAGCUAGCGAGUUCGAAGGGCUCAUAGUUGAUGAAAAUGGAGAAGGGAGGAGGAAAACUGUAUCGAUAAUUAAAAAAGCGUAAAAUAGUAUUUUUUUUAAGUAUUUUAAAGACAAACUGUUUUUUUUACCCUGACUCUAGAGUACAGGCAAUGCAUCAUACCAAACAAGAUAGACAGAGCGCUGCGUACAUAUUUCAUGUGACGCAAAAACCAUGUUCAAUGUAUCUUUCCUUAUCGGCCCGUAAAAGUUUACUGCUAGACGCCCACAUAUGUAUGCAUCCAUAACCACUUUGUUGGUUGUAAAUGAUUAUAGAUGUACACGUAAAAAAAACUACUUAUUCCUGUCACAUUGCAUUCACUCCCUUGUUUCCGUCUGUAGGCCAUAAUUACAUGCUGUGUAUGUGUGUUAUAAUCAUAGUUUAUAAGAGAUAACUACGUAUUUUUAAACCGACUUCAAGAAAGGAGGAGGUACUCAAUUCGACUGUGUUUUUUAUGUGUGUGUUACCUCAGACCUUUUCUAGGUAAACCGAUUUUGAUGAUUUUUUUUUGUUUGAAAGCUAGUGUUUUUCAUGUGGUCAACUAUUCGUUUUUGAGUUAUCCUUAAUAAUACGUAUUUAAUUGACUUCGCCUAAAUUGACAAUGUUUUCAUUUUAUUUAUGUUGAAGUCGUAGUUGUACAAAAUUUUUAAUUUUACCACUUGUUCAUAAAAGGGAGGACAAACGAGCAUACGGCUCACCCGAUGGUGACAACUAUGAAGUACUUUAUUGUGAAUACCACCGCCCAUAGACAUCUGCAACACCAGAAAAAUUCCUGACGUUACUGGCCUUUUGAAAAAGAGUAGACUUGAAAGUUUCUAAGUACAAACUACAAUACAAACAUUCGUUUGUAUUGUAGUUUGUAGCCGGUUCCCAUGCACUGUAGUAGCCAUUUAUUACUUAUUUCUAAAAUCUAAAAUGAUAGAAAGUCAUAUUUUUUAAAUUAUGUAUCAGUUGCUGGAUAUUUUUGCUUCUUUCUUUUCUUCAUGAGCACGUCAAAUUUCUUAGCUACAAUUGGAGGCCUCCGACGUAGAGCGGAUAUGCCAAAAAGGUGUGGAAUUAUAAAGAUUUUACUAGUUUCGUCGACCUACAGUGCCAUAACCACCAUUGUGUUAGUGUCAAAGGGGGGGGGGGGAUUUAUUGAGACUCAUUCGUAGCUAUGGAUUGCAAUAAAUAAACUUCUACCUACUCUGUUUUUUCCUACUCUAUUUUUAUCUAAACAAUGUUAGUUUAUAAGUGUUUAAUGUACCUACUAAUUUUUUAUAAGUGUUCGUUAUGUCUUAUUUUUGUAAGAAGUUUUAUUAUUAAUAAAUGAAGACAAAAACCCUC